UGGCGAAUACAGUCGCGCCACGGCCGUUUUUACUUCGCACUUUUCUCUCUCUCUCCAACUUUUUUUGUCGUAUUAUUUCUCAAUUUCUCUGAAUUUGUUGUUGUACACACAUACUAUUCGGGUAUAAUUUUAAUUCGAUAAAUUGAGUCAGUCGGGCUGAAUUCAAAACGAAAAACGAUUAAUUGAUAAAACGAAAAUAGUUUGUGGUCACUUAGAAAAGUGCAAAUGAUGAUAAAACGAAGGAAAGCAUCAAUUCUAUGAGUUCAGUGAUACGACAAGAACAAGCUUUGAAAACAAGAAAACAUAUUAAAACGGAUUAUGGCUGAGAGUGAAUGUUGAGUGCUUCUUAUCAAUAGCCUGCCAAUUGUAUAUGUUCCAUUGCAAAAAAGAAGAAGAAAUAAAUCCGAUUCUAAUUUAUAAUUAACACGAAUGCGACCCUAUCAAAACAAUACACAGAUGAGACAAAUGUAAAAUAAAAUUGUCAAUCCAAAUCAAGUGAAACGAAUGAAGUUUUAUAUUGAAGCAGAUAACCAAUAAACCCACGUAUUACAAAUAAGGAAAUAGAAGACUAGCCAGUCAUAUAAAUAUGUGCUAUUUUUUAUUCUUCGUUUGCUGGUGAAUCAAUUGUUUGUUUAUCAUGUUUAUUGUUUGUGGUUUUGCGAUUCAUCAAGCCAAGGCGAUUUCCCUGUGUUUUGUUGCUGCACAUUUUUGAAGUGCACACAUUGCUGAUAUAAAUAUUUAACAUUUAAAAAACUUUCAAAGUGUUGCGUGGCGUUAAUAAAAAAAAAAAUAGUGUGAAAAAGGUCUUACUUUUAUUGCACCUCAAGCAAAUGAAUUUCUUUUCAAAUAACUUGAAAGAAUAAAAGAAAGAAUGAAAUAAGAAGAAAAAUACAAAGCAAGUUAGAAAAUGUUGUCUUGUUUUGCAAUAAAAUUCUAGUGGCAACAAGAGUGUUUUGUUUUCAAUAGAAACAUUUCAUGUGUUUUUGCGUGAACGUAUGUUAUGACUCGAAAAAAUAUACGACAUUAAAACGUCUGUGUGUGAUAAUGUGAAUGGAUUUUUACAGCGAUGAUAAAUACCGAAUCUUUUCUAACAAGAAAUAAAAAACCAGAUUUUCUUUUUUUUAAUGAAUAAUUUUUUUGAACGAAUUUUUGUUUUGCUUCGCGUGUGGAUUAUUUCAUUGUGAAAUAAAUAACAUAGUCGUAUAUAUGACAAUACCGAUCAAACAAAACGAAUAAAAAGAAGCAAACACUUCGGACAAAUAAAACACGAUUUAUCGGUGACGCAAGCCAUAAUUUUUUGCACACCAAUCACGCUGACACUGAAAAGCCGAGACUGAUUGAAACACGUUGGCUGUCGAAGAAAACGCCUUAGUCAGCGUACGAGUCAUUUAUUAAAUAUAUAGUCAACACACUGAAGCAAUUACUAGUAACGUGAAAGAUAAACGUCGUACAGAGAUACAUUGAGUACAGCAUAAACAGCAAACGAUAGCGACGCAAACGACAAUGUACAAACAAAUAAACAUGUGAAUUGAAUGGAAUGACUAAUAAAUGACAAAUAAUGAAAAGGUUUAUAAAGCACGAGACAAGCAUCGUUCUACAAUAACGUGCCAGUUUGCAUUUUAUACACAAUUUUCUCUUAUGACGUAAUGAAGCGUUUUUUAUGUUGAAAAGAAGGAAUUGAAAAAUUUGAACAUGACAGAACAUAUUCAAUUAGACGUGCAAUAAUACGACGACGAGUUUUCAAUUUAAUUGGACGAUAUAUUUAUAUAUUUCUAUAUAGCUGCUAAAGAGAAAAAGAUAAAAUCAAAGUGAAACUAAAAUUACAUCCGGAAGCAAUUUGCUAAAAGUCAUAAUAUUUAUAUAAUCAAGAAGAAAAAAGAAAAUAAAACGGCAUUAUCAUGUCAACGGAACGGAAACCGAGUGUUUCCACGUGGUUUUCAUCGUUGCGACGACAACCAAAACCGAAGAAAGUGUUAGCGUCAAAGAAGCAUUUGCAAAAAAGUUGCGUUGACUUAUCAUCGAUACCGAACGAUGUGAAAUCAUUGCCAGCAUCUGUUACAAAUAGUCCAAAACUGAAAAAUGGUUUCUUUCGUGAUAAUUAUUUCUGUUUAUCGCCAUUAAAGUCGUUGGCCAAUGGAACGAAAUCGAAUUCACUUGAUUCGAAUGAUGCACCAAAAUCACCACAACCACCGAAUACAUCGUUGAAAUCGCGCACAUAUAGCAUUACAAGCAAUCGAAGUAAUGGCAGUUCAAGCAGCUCAUGCAAUGAAUCGAAUAAAGGCCAAACGAUAACAACAAUAACAAAAGUCACUACAAAAACCACUAUGAUCACAACAGCAUCGUCGAACGCAACAAAUAAUCGUAUCAAUCGUAUCGGCACUAUAUUCGACGACGAUGGCCAAUUAAUCACCAAUUUAGAUGUAUACAAAAAUUAUGCGAAUAGUUUUCGAAGUAACAUCAUUAAAAAUGACAGUGCAAGCAGUUGUAGCAGUGGUAGUCAACCAAAUAUAGUUUUUAAUAAUAACAGCGUCUCGCAAUCGAAUAAUUACAGCGCAACAACGGUUCGAUUUGAUGACACUGUCGCCGACAAAUGUCAUGUGGAUACUGAUGCAAAGACAAAGGGAAAAACAGCAUUUAGUUAUAUUAGUGUUGGUGAUAACGAUAGCGGUACAUCGUGUAAAAAAAGUGCCAGUAUCAAUAGCAUUACGAAUCGUCAACCGUUCAAAUCGAGCAGCUUGAAUUUAGACGAUGACAUUGAAUUUAUUGACACUUCAUCUAGUCUUAGUGAUAUCGGCGGCAGUGGUGGUAUUGAAAGCAACUUUGGUUCACUUGAAAAUACUAGCAUGUAUUUUAAUACUUUGCCAAAAUUACCAAAAUCAUGUGCAACAUGUAAAACACAACAACAACAGCAGAAACAACAGUCGAAAUCGAAGUCCGACUGGAAUAUUAGCGUUCAUAGAAAGCAAAUCAAGGAUGAGCUAUGUGAAGUUAUGGAUGCAUUAGACUUACAAGAAGACUGCAAACAUUCCAAUAAAGAUAAGCAGAUGUCAAUUGGCCGAAAGAAAUUCAAUAUGGACCCGAAGAAAGGCAUAGAGUACUUGUGUGAAAACAAUCUGCUCCAAAUGGACGCAAGCGACGUUGCCCAUUUCUUAUACAAAGGCGAAGGUUUGAAUAAAACCGCUAUCGGCGAUUAUCUCGGUGAAAAAAAUGACUUCAACGAACAGGUUCUGAAGGCAUUUGUUGAUUUGCAUGACUUUACCAAUCUCAUUUUGGUGCAGGCUUUAAGACAAUUUCUUUGGUCGUUUCGUUUGCCGGGCGAAGCACAAAAGAUUGAUCGAAUGAUGGAAUGUUUUGCACAGCGCUAUUGUCAAUUAAAUACGGAUAUAUUCACAAAUACGGAUACAUGUUAUGUACUUAGUUUUGCCAUAAUCAUGUUAAAUACAUCAUUGCACAAUCCAUCCGUUAAGGAUAAGCCAAGUGUUGAGCAAUUUAUUUCAAUGAAUCGUGGUAUCAAUAAUGGCGGCGAUUUACCACGUGAAUUACUGGUAUCAUUGUAUGAGUCAAUACGAACCGAACCAUUUAAAAUACCACAAGACGAUGGCAACGAUUUAAUGCACACCUUCUUCAAUCCCGACAAGGAGGGAUGGUUGUGGAAACAAGGCGGCAGAUACAAAUCGUGGAAACGAAGAUGGUUCAUUUUGAAUGACAAUUGCUUAUAUUACUUCGAAUACACAACCGACAAAGAGCCAAGAGGCAUUAUUCCAUUAGAAAAUAUUUUGGUGCGAGAAAUUCACGACCGCAGUAAACCUUAUUGUUUUGAGCUGUAUGCUGGGGGCGGUGCAGAUAUUAUAAAAGCAUGUAAAACUGAUUCGGAAGGAAAGGUUGUUGAAGGAAAACAUUCCGUGUACCGUAUGUCUGCUGCAACUGAAGAAGACAAACAAGAGUGGAUAAAGUGUUUAAAUGCAUCCAUUUCACAUAAUCCAUUUUACGACAUCUUAGUACAGCGCAAGAAAAAAGCACUAACAGUUAGCUAAUAAUAGUGCGAACAAUAAAUUCUCAAUCAGCAUCAAAAACAAAACAUAUCGAUUGGAUUGAAUGCAUGCAACAAAGUCCAAAAUACAUACACACAGGAGAAACGUAAAAAAACACAUCUCAUAUCAGAAACAGAUAUCGAAAGAUUUGUUCUUAUUCGUACAAUUUAACUGCACUAUUUUUUCGAAAUCAAUUCGACUAUGCAAAUUGUACAGAUAAAUCAUCAAGAUAAAUCCAUUCGUUCACACAGCAUAACAUUUAUUUUAACUGAUUUUAAUGAAACAAAAGCGUGACAUCUUUUAUCUAUCACACAAGCAGAUAGUAGAAAGAGAUGAAUUUUAAAUCAUAGAUUUUAAUCAGAAAAAACAAAUGUGUAAAUAUUCACUUUAAGAGAAUACGUUAAGUAGAAUGUAUUGUAUAUAAAUAUAAAGAGAAAAAGAAAAGAUUAUAAAUUGAACGAUGGAAUUUUAUAUAUAUUUAGUUUGAGUCGAUGCAUUUUAAUCGCGAUAAUAACCAUGUCAUAUUGUAAAUAUCGCAUAUACAUCAAAAUAUCCAAUUCGAAAAGCCCGCAAACAAGCUAAACCUUCUUCUUUAAAAUGUGAUACACAAAUUCAAAAAAAAAAAGAAAUAUCAAAGAGUUUAAGUUUUCCAAUAUUGUUUAAACAAACACUUCCAAUUUUAAAUUUUAAAUAAAACACAAUAAGUGUUGACUACUUGGGUUUUAAUGAAUGCAUUGUGUUAUCCUGCUUUGCUGAAAUAACUAUCAUAAGAAACAGAUACAUGUCAUAAAAUAUGUUGAAACAAAAACAUUUUGUUGAUUUUUGUUCCUAAUUUGCCGUAUUUUGCUAUGAAAAUAAAAAUCGAACAGGAUUUUGUUCUAUAAAAAUAUUUAUGCGUUGGCAAACAAUAUAGUGACAUACGAGUAUAAUUCAUAUUUAAUUGAUUUAGUUGAUAAAAAAAAAGAAAAAAAGUUUU